AUGUCAAAUCGCAAGAUGAAGCGUGUAGUAGAGUUCGACUCGAUUCAGGUGUUGAACUUCUCAGAUUCCGGUGACGAGAACCUUCUAUCCCCGAAGACGUCUGAGCUAGUCAUAAGGGAGGAACCGGCUGACGAUGAACAUGUUUUGCAACAACUUAAUGGGAAUGCGACGGGUAAGUCGGAUAAUUUUCGUCCAAUUUCACCUCCUCCUAAUAGAAGUGUGAAAAUUGAUUUUGAUGACAAUGCGGAUGAGCUUGAGUACUGGAAAGCGGCCAUUGUCUGCUAUGUUUUGGGGGCUUCACCUCUUUUCGAAGUUUUUAAUGGUUAUGCUCGCCGGGUAUGGGGGAAAUGGGGUAUUACAAAAUUGGCAUCCCUAUCAAAAGGUAUUUUCAUUGUAAGAUUCAGUUCAGAGGCAAAUAGAGAUCAAGUUUUGUCUAAUGGGGUUUGUAUAUUUGACUCUAAACCUGUUGUGAUGAAAAAAUGGUCUCCUGAUUUAGAUAUGUCAAAGGAAAACAUUACCCACGUACCUGUUUGGGUUCAAUUUCCUUCUUUAGACUUGAAAUUUUGGAGUGUGCGAGCCUUAACAAAGAUAUCUAGUUUGAUCGGGAAGUUUGUUAAGGCUGAUAGGGCCACUAUUGAGAAGGAAAAACUGCAUUUUGCUCGUGUGUUGAUUGAAAUCUCUAUUAAUGAGACAUUACCUGACUCUGUUUUGUUCUUAAAUGAAUCUGAUAAAAUGGUAGAACAAUUGGUCCACUAUGAGUGGAAACCUGAUUUGUGUGAUGUAUGCCAUAAAUAUGGACAUACUGGAAACAAUUGCAGGAACAAAGCAGGGGUAAGAAGACAAUGGGUGCCUAAGAAAACUGUUGAUGCUGAUGGGUUUGAAGCUCCUAAGAAGGUUGCUCACACACCUCGACCUGGGAAACCUGUGAAUUUCGUCGACAAAGUUCCAAUUAUUAACUCUUUCGAGGCUUUGCCUGAUGACCUGGGUUCGGAGCUGGAGACGACUGAAACGAAUAGGAUUGAGACUCUUAUUAAUUUUGAUGGUGGAAGAAAAUUAAAAGAAGUGGAGAAUGUAGCUGGAGAUCAAAUGGUGGGGAACAUGGCAAGGGGGGUGACUCCCCCUUUGAACCAUGGAUAAAAUUGGUAGCUGGAAUGUCAGGGGACUCAAUGGUAAGACCAAACAAGGUGAAGUAAGAAAAUUUUUCGCACUUCAUCAAAUAGGUCUUAUAGGUCUCCUGGAAACUAAAAUAAAAAGUAGAGGUUUUCCUAAAUUCUAUCAAGCUAUUUGUCCUGGAUGGGGGGUGUCUUCUAAUAUACAAUGUUCUUCAUCUGCUAGGAUUAUUGUAUGUUGGAAUCCUCAUAAGUUUUAUGUGUCAAUUGUGGGAAGUUCUGCACAAUUUAUUCAUUGCAAAGUCUUACAUCACAGUACUGGUCAUCAGUUUGCUUGCACCUUCGUUUAUGCAUCUAAUGAUCUGAAUGAAAGGUAUGAUCUAUGGAACUCUUUGAUGAUGUUGGGUCAGUCCAUAGCUUCUCCUUGGUUAGUUUGUGGCGACUUUAACAACCCUCUUUUCUUGAAUGAAAGAAUGGGCUCUCCUGUGUUACAUUAUGAAAUUGAGGGUUUUAGAAAUUGUGUGGAUAAUUGUGGGUUGAUGGAUGUGAAAGCUAGUGGUUGUUUUUUCACUUGGAAUAAUAAACAAAGUGGGGAGCACAGGGUUUUUAGCAAGAUUGACAGGAUGCUUGUGAACGAAUCGUGGUUGGAUUUGUUUCCCGAGUCCCUAGCCCAUUUUCUUCCUGAGGGUUUAUUUGAUCAUUCCCCUCCUAUUCUUGACACUCAUCCUGCACUUUCGAGGAUGAAGAAGCCUUUCAAAUACUUCAAUAUGUGGGGACAAGAUUCCAAAUUCUUGGAAAAGGUGAGAGAUUGUUGGGUGUCACCGAUCCUUGGAACUCCUAUGUUCCAAGUUGUUACAAAAUUGAAAAAACUGAAACCUAUCUUGAAAGCUCUUAAUAGAGAGGGGUUUAGUGAAAUCCAUGUUGCUGACCAUAAGGCUCUUAUGUGGUUGUAUGAGUGUCAAUAGAAGCUACAUAAUACUCCUAAUGACACUGAGCUUGCAGAUGUGGAAAAAAGGCUGCAAUGGAAUAUGCCACUGUUCAUAAAGCUUAUGUUAGCUUCCUUAGGCAAAAAAGCAAGAUACAAUGGUUAAAAGACGGAGACUCGAAUACCAGAUUCUUCCACCAGAACAUAAAAAUGAGAAGAUGCCAAAAUAGUAUUUAUUCCAUAGUGGAUGGCAAUGGUGUAAUGGUUAACUCUCCUGAGAAGGUUGCAAAGGCUUUCGUGGACUACUACAAAUAACUGCUGGGUUCCAGUGAUGACUUUAGAAUCCCCAUUAGGAUCCAUGUGGUCCAAAAGGGUCCAGUAGUUGCUGACACUAUGCAUCCCACUUUAUGCUCUUCCUUUUCUGUUGAGGAUAUUAAGAAUGCUAUGUUUUCAAUUAAAGAUGAGAAGUCCCCAGGGCCUGAUGGCUUUACUAGCAAGUUCUUCAAAGACUCGUGGGAGAUUGUUGGAGGUGAGAUUUGUGAAGCAAUCAAUGAUUACUUUCUUACUGGGUGAUAUCUCCUCUCUCACACUCUUAUUGAGAGCCUUUGCAUCCUUCUCUGCAUCCUCUGGGCUCAAAGCCAAUGUUUCAAAAUCUGAGCUUUACACUUCUAAUAUCGCCCCUGACAUUAAGGCUAGGAUGAUUUCUCUUUCAAAAUGGGGAAACUCCCGUUUAGGUACCUCGGAGUUCUCGUGUCUUCAAAAAAAAAUUAGUGUUAAAGAUUGUGAUAUCCUUGUUGAGAAAGUCAUCAUGAAGAUUAGGACUUGGGGUUCUAGGCACCUUACCUAUGCUGGAAGGGUGCAAUUGGUUAACUCGGUCCUCCUUGCAAUGCAUACUUAUUGGGCUACUGUCUUCAUCCUUCCCAAAGGUGUGCUUGGGAAGAUUAUUGCUGUACGCAGACAAUUUAUCUGGGAGGGGAAAGUCAAUGGGGCUAAGGUUCCUCUAGUUGCUUGGGAUAUGGUCUGCAAGCCAAAGAAAGCAGGGGGUUUGGGUAUUCAUGAUCUUAUGGCCUGGAAUUGUGCUGCAAUGGCCAAAUAUGUUUGGAAUAUCGCUAAGAAAGCAGAUUGUUUGUGGGUAAAAUGGGUUAAUCAUGUUUACAUCCGUGAUAUUGGUGGAGUUACGCUCCCCCUACCUCUACUAGCUGGCAUUGGAGGUCUAUUUGUAAAGUGCGAGAAAAGGUGGCUUCUGGAUAUAGAGGAAAUUCUUGGAUUCACAACCCACGAGGCUUUUACUCAGUUAAGUCUGGGUAUGAAUGGUUAAGAGGUGAAAUGGUUAGUGUUCCGUGGCAACGUUGGGUUUGGUGCAGGUUUAAUAUUCCUAAGCAUAGCUUCAUUUGUUGGCUUAAUGCUUUAGGAAGAUUAAACACAAAAUCAAGGCUACUUUUGUUGGGUGUUAGCAAUGAUGACAGGUGUAUUAUUUGUGCUGCAGAUUCCAAAUCCACCUCACACUUGUUCUUUGAGUGUGCUUUUAGCAGGGAAUGCCUAAAGGCUACCAAGUGAUGGUUGUCUAUCUCAUGUACCAGCAUGCAGUAUGAGACUUUAUGCAAAUGGAUUGCAAGGAGGAAGGCAUCAAAGUUCAAGAAAAAUGUCCUAUAUGCUGCUGUUAAUUCGUGUUUGUAUAAUGUGUGGAGAGCUAGAAAUGAAGGAUAUUGGAACAAAAAGAUACCUUCUAUUCAAGCUACAGUUAAAGUCAUUCAAGAGCAAGUUAAGAUUCACGUUAGAGCUAUAAUGCCGGAAUUGAUUUCUGCUAUCGAUAAAUCGUGGUUUGAUUCUUGCUAGAUAAGAAAUUUUGCCUGUAUAUAAUUUAUAGGUUACUUGUGUACAAAUUAGGUUGUAAUUUUCUAAGGGUGUCUAUUUGGGCUACGGCCUCGUAGACAUGCCUUAAGUUUUGAGCUUUAAUGAAAUUCUUACUUUUACCAUAUAUAUAUAUAUAUAUAUAUAUAUAUAUAUAUAUAUAUGAAAGAGAGGAAGUAUAAUACAAGACAGGGGGGUUAUGUUCA